AUGGCUCUAGGUAGUGUGGUGGUGAGUAGUGUCAUCUCUCUGCAGAAUAAAGGCUCUCUGUAGUCUGAGAUACUAAGUAAUAGGUAGUAACAGUAUUUGUUUCAGUUUCUUUCCAGAAUAAUGCUCUGUUGCAGUUUGACAGUUGUAGUGCGUACUGGGUCAUAUUCACUAGGUACGAAACAGAAGCAAACAUGCCGAAACAGAGAGUGACUACUUGAAAUUGUCCAAAAAAGAAACGCUUGUUUUCAUUUUCUGUUGCAAAACAUUUUCUACAGUGUGCACUAAUGAAUAUGACCCUGAGUAGUAACAGUAUAGUUGUAGUGAGUAGUAACAGUAGUAUCAUCUCUCUCCAGAAUAAAGGCUCCUUGCAGUUUGAGGACAAGUGGGACCUGAUGAGGCCCAUCGUUCUCAAGCUGCUGAGACAGGAGGCUGUCACCAAGCAGCAGUGGUUCGACCUCUUCUCGUAAGACACACACACUGCAUCACACCACACCAAACUGCACAACAGACACAUACUGCACCGCAGACACACACACACAAAACCCUAUGCUUAUUAUUGUGUGUUGCAGAGACGUCCAUGCUGUGUGUCUAUGGGAUGAUAAGGGCCCAGCUAAGAUCCACCAGGCCCUCAAAGAAGACAUUCUAGACUUCAUCAAACAAGCUCAGAACGUAAGUGUGACUGUGGGUUACAGGGGAAGGGUUUUGGUAAGGGUUUAAAUCACAUUUGAGUUUGGAAUGUGCUGUUCUUCACACACACAUGCACAUGCGUGCACACACACACACACACACCUUUCCAGUACAGUGAUGACAGUUCCAGGCAAGAGGCUACUCUUAAACUCCCGACCUCUACCUAUGCAACCUGUCUCUGACCUAACCUCUGACCUGUGUUUCCAUGGCAGCGUGUGUUGAGUCACCAGGAUGACACAGCGUUACUGAAGGCCUACAUUGUGGAGUGGAGGAAGUUCUUCACGCAGUGUGACAUCCUGCCCAAACCCUUCUGUCAGCUGGAGAUCACACUGAUGGGGAAGCAGGGCAGCAACAAGAAGUCUAACGUUGAGGACAGCAUCGUACGCAAGGUGAGGAGAGGGGGAUGAGAGGAGAAAGGGGGAGGAAAGGAAAAGAUGAGGGAGGGGAGAGAUGGACAAUGCUCAUCUUUUUGAUAGUAUGCAUCAAUUGUCUCAUCCUGCUUACUCACUCUCUCUCUUUUCCUCUCUCUGUCCCCCUCUGAAUCUCCUCUAGUUGAUGUUGGACACAUGGAACGAGUCGAUCUUCUCCAACAUAAAGAGCCGUCUUCAGGACAGUGCUAUGAAGCUGGUUCACGCUGAGAGGCUGGGAGAGGCUUUUGACUCACAGCUGGUUAUAGGAGUACGAGAAUCAUAUGGUAGGACACACACACACUGAGUGGCUAACAUCCACACAUUUUAUAUGGGAAGUUAUGGUGAAGCAUGGUACGUUUUCGGUAUGUUGACUGUGUGUGUGUGUGUGUGUGUGUGUGUAGUCAACCUGUGCUCCAACCCUGAAGACAAGCUCCAGAUCUACAGAGAUAACUUUGAGAAGGCCUACCUGGACUCAACUGAGAGGUUCUACAGAACACAGGCCCCAUCAUACCUACAGCAGAACGGAGUCCAGAACUACAUGAAAUAUGUAAGGACUGCUCUCUCUCUGUGUGUGUGUGUGUGUCAGUGUGUUGUUGUUGUGACAAUAUCUCAGUGGGUGUGUAUACAUUCACUGAUCGCGUGUGUCUUGCAGGCAGACACAAAGCUAAGGGAAGAGGAGAAGAGGGCAGUUCGAUACCUCGAGACUCGUCGUGAAUGUAACUCUGUCCAAGCAGUGAGUAGACAGACUGUUUACCCAUGAGGCUGUAUAGACUGGUUUUAACUCAUAUUCACAGUCAACAGAUGAUGAUGUAGAUGUCAUGUAGAUCAAUGUUAGUCUCUGAUGUCUCUCUCCAGCUGAUGGAAUGUUGUGUGAACGCUCUGGUGACGUCGUUUAAAGAAACCAUCCUGGCCGAAUGUCCUGGCAUGAUCAAACGCAACGAGACAGACAGUGAGUAACACGUUACAUUACUACUGUAACCCACCAACCUUGGGACCGUUUGUAGAAGAGGGUCCUUCUUUGUGUAACGUUAAUGUCCUUCCCCCUUCAGAGCUCCACCUGAUGUUUUCCCUGAUGGAUAAGGUUCCUAGUGGGAUAGAGCCCAUGCUGAAAGACCUGGAGGAUCACAUCAUGAACGCUGGGCUGGCUGAUAUGGUGGCUGCUGCAGAGACUAUCACUUCUGUAUGUACACACACACACAGAUCUGUCUUACUAUAGUUGUGAGGACUUUUUGGCGACCAACAAUUGAUUCCCAUUGAAAAUCCAAUUUCCCUUAACCCUGAUUCUAACCCCUAAGCCUAAAAUGUCCUCACUUCUCUGAAUUUGAGUUGGUUUACUAUUCUUGUGAGGACUUCUGGUACUCACAAGUAUAGUAAAACAUGUACACACUCAAAAUCAGCUAGUAUAUCUGUAUUUCUCUUGUUAUUCCUGUGUGUGUAGGACUCUGAGAAGUACGUGGAGCAGCUGCUGAUGUUGUUUAACCGUUUCAGUAAACUGGUGAAGGAGGCUUUUCAGGACGACCCUCGAUUCCUCACCGCCAGAGACAAGGUACACACACACACAUACAGCGAGAGAAAAGGGGGUGAAGGGAGGAGAUGGAAUGGAGGGGUGGAGAGAAAAGGGGGGUGGGGAUGGAUGGAGGAGGAGAAAAAAAGUGAGGGGAGAGAGGAGAGCGGGAGGUUUGACAGUUCUGUGUUUCUCUCCAGGCCUACAAAGCUGUAGUGAACGAUGCCACCAUCUUUAAACUAGAGCUGCCACUCAAACAGAAAGGGUGAGACAAACCUGAGUUUUAUGUUUAUAUUAUAUUCCUUGGUUAUGUGUCAAUAUGGCUGCUGGUCCACCCAUCACGGAACAUUAGCUGCAUCCUGAUUCUCCAUCCUUUUCCUGAGGGGUGCAUUUUCACACUCCCCAUCAUGGAUUUAAAAGCAUAUGAUUUGUGUAACCAUUGGCUGGAGGUAGUUUCCAUUACUGUAAAAUCCAUGCAAGAAAGUGUGCACGUGUAGACUUCGGAAAAAGGGUGGAGAAUCGGGACACAGCCAGUGACUUGAAUGUAGAUGCCUGUUUUAGCAAUUAUAUUUAUAUAUGUGCUAUUCAUCUGUGUGUCUCUCUACAGGGUAGGUCUGAAGACCCAGCCAGAGUCUAAGUGUCCAGAGCUCCUAGCUAACUACUGUGACAUGCUGCUGAGGAAAACCACCCUAAGCAAGAAACUCACCUCAGAGGAGAUAGAACUCAAACUCAAAGAAGUGGUGAAGACUCUCACCUAGUACUGUAGAAUGAGCCCCGAUUCUCAAACUCUUAUUCAUGGAUUUUAAAGCAUUGGGAUUGUUGUAAGCAUUGGCUGUUGUGAAAUCCAUGACGGGAAGUGGGCACUUUCGGAGAAGGGUGUAGAAUUGGGAUGCAGCCGUAGUCUUCUAUCCUGUUCAUCCUGAACCCUUCUAGCUGCUGGUGUUGAAGUAUGUUCAGAAUAAGGAUGUGUUCUUUCGCUCUCUCUCCCCCCCCAGUUGCUGGUAUUGAAGUAUGUUCAGAAUAAGGAUGUGUUUAUGAGGUACCAUAAAGCCCACCUGACCAGAAGACUGAUUCUGGAUAUCUCAGCCGACAGCGAGAUCGAAGAGAACAUGGUGGAGUGGCUCAGGGUAAGAGCACACACACAGACAGAUGCUUUCUCUCUCUCUAUACCCCUUUUUGAUUUAUUUUUUUCCCCCUGGGUCGUCUGUGUGUGGGUAGGAGGUGGGGAUGCCUGCAGACUAUGUGAAUAAGCUGGCCAGGAUGUUCCAGGACAUUAAAGUAUCGGACGAUCUCAACCAGGUCUUCAAGGAAAUGCACAAACACAACAAGCUGGCUCUACCAGGUAACAGACACUCACACACUCGCUCUACGAGGUAACAAACACACAGACCCUAUGGCCUGAGCUUGUGUGAUUAUUAACCACAGCCUCAAUAUUCCUCCUGCUGGUGUAUCAUAGUAAUGCACUAAUACGCUCUAUCUGUCUCUCUCUCUCUCUCGCUCAGCUGACAGUGUGAAUAUAAAGAUCCUGAAUGCAGGGGCGUGGUCGAGGAGCAGUGAGAAGGUGUUUGUGUCUCUGCCUACUGAGCUGGAGGAUCUGAUCCCAGAGGUAGAAGACUUCUACAAGAGGAACCACAGCGGGAGGAAACUACACUGGCACCACCUCAUGUCCAAUGGCAUCGUGAGUGGAAGAUACACACCCAGACAGACAGACAGACACAGUGCACACACACUCAGAAACAUAAUCAGUGGAAAAACUACUAUCACCUCAUGUCCAACGGCAUAGUGAUCUCCCUCCUCUCCCCUGUGUGUGUGGGGGUGUGUGUGUGUGUUGUGUGUGGGCGUGUAUGUUUAGAUCACCUUCAAGAACGAAAUGGGUCAUUAUGACCUUGAGGUCACAACCUUUCAGCUGGCAGUCCUAUUCGCCUGGAACCAGCGGCCGCGGGAGCGAAUCAGCUUUGAGAACCUUAAAUUGGCCACUGAGCUGCCCGAUGCUGAGCUACGACGCACACUCUGGGUAACACACACACACACUCUCUGGGAUUGAAAAAUGAAAGCAAACAUUACAAUAUAAACGCAGUUCAUACACAGAGAAGAGACUGAGAGAACAAACUAAUUACCUCUCUUUCUCUCCCUCUCUCUGCUGUCUCUUCUCUGUCUCUAGUCUCUGGUAGCGUUCCCUAAGCUGAAGAGACAGGUGUUGUCCUAUGAGCCUUCAGUCUCCUCCCCUAAAGACUUCACAGACAGCACCCUGUUCUAUGUCAACCAGGACUUCUCUCUCAUGUACAUAGCGAAAACAUUAGCUUUGAACCCACAACACUGUGUUAGCCCCCUGAGCUACAGUGAGGGAAAAAAGUAUUUGAUACCCUGCUGAUUUUGUACGUUUGCCCACUGACAAAGAAAUGAUCAGUCUAUAAUUUUAAUGGUAGGUUUAUUUGAACAGUGAGAGACAGAAUAACAACAAAAAAAUCCAGAAAAACGCAUGUCAAAAAUGUUAUAAAUUGAUUUGCAUUUGAAUGAGGGAAAUAAGUAUUUGACCCCCUCUCAAUCAGAAAGAUUUCUGGCUCCCAGGUGUCUUUUAUAUAGGUAACGAGCUGAGAUUAGGAGCACACUCUUAAAGGGAGUGCUCCUAAUCUCAGCUUGUUACCUGUAUAAAAGACACCUGUCCACAGAAGCAAUCAAUCAAUCAGAUUCCAAACUCUCCACCAUGGCCAAGACCAAAGAGCUCUCCAAGGAUGUCAGGGACAAGAUUGUAGACCUACACAAGGCUGGAAUGGGCUACAAGACCAUCACCAAGCAGCUUGGUGAGAAGGUGACAACAGUUGGUGCGAUUAUUUGCAAAUGGAAUAAACACAAAAGAACUGUCAAUCUCCCUCGGCCUGGGGCUCCAUGCAAGAUCUCACCUCGUGGAGUUGCAAUGAUCAUGAUAACGGUGAGGAAUCAGCCUAGAACUACACGGGAGGAUCUUGUCAAUGAUCUCAAGGCAGCUGGGACCAUAGUCACCAAGAAAACAAUUGGUAACACACUACGCUGUGAAGGACUGAAAUCCUGCAGCGCCCGCAAGGUCCCCCUGCUCAAGAAAGCACAUAUACAGGCCCGUCUGAAGUUUGCCAAUGAACAUCUGAAUGAUUCAGAGGAGAACUGGGUGAAAGUGUUGUGGUCAGAUGAGACCAAAAUCGAGCUCUUUGGCAUCAACUCAACUCGCCGUGUUUGGAGGAGGAGGAAUGCUGCCUAUGACCCCAAGAACACCAUCCCCACUGUCAAACAUGGAGGUGGAAACAUUAUGCUUUGGGGGCGUUUUUCUGCUAAGGGGACAGGACAACUUCACCGCAUCAAAGGGACGAUGGACGGGGCCAUGUACCGUCAAAUCUUGGGUCAGAACCUCCUUUCCUCAGCCAGGGCAUUGAAAAUGGGUCGUGGAUGGGUAUUCCAGCAUGACAAUGACCCAAAACACACGGCCAAGGCAACAAAGGAGUGGCUCAAGAAGAAGCACAUUAAGGUCCUGGAGUGGCCUAGCCAGUCUCCAGACCUUAAUCCCAUAGAAAAUCUGUGGAAGGAGCUGAAGGUUCGAGUUGCCAAACGUCAGCCUCGAAACCCUAAUGACUUGGAGAAGAUCUGCAAAGAGGAGUGGGACAAAAUCCCUCCUGAGGUGUGUGCAAACCUGGUGGCCAACUACAAGAAACGUCUGACCUCUGAUUGCCAACAAGGGUUUUGCCACCAAGUACUAAGUCAUGUUUUGCAGAGGGGUCAAAUACUUAUUUCCCUCAUUUAAAAUGCAAAUCAAUUUAUAACAUUUUUGACAUGCGUUUUUCUGGAUUUUGUUGUUGUUAUUCUGUCUCUCACUGUUCAAAUAAACCUACCAUUAAAAUUAUAGACUGAUCAUGUCUUUGUCAGUGGUCAAACGUACAAAAUCAGCAGGGGAUCAAAUACUUUUUUCCCUCAUUGUAAAUAAAGGCAUUGAAUGGGAGCACAAAGGCAUUGAAUGGUUGCAAAAUUCUGGUAACUUUCCCCACAUUCCCAGGAUUUCUAAAAAUUACUAAUUGGAGCAUUCCAGACUUUCCUGCUUAUUCCAUCCUGAUUCUAGGAAUCUGGAAUUUCUGAAAAACCUGGGAUUUUUGGGAAAGAUGGCAGAGUUUUGCAACCUUAAUUGCACCUCACUGCAACCGCUGUUGACUUACUAUGUUCUAUUUAGUUAAUGUAACUGUAUGUAUUCUAACUCAUCAGUCAUUUUGGGGAAGUUUGAAUGUUGAUGAAAGCUUUGUUGUCAUGGUUUCCUACUUAGGGACCAGGAUGGAAUGUUGAGGAGCAGUUUCAGGUGUGAUUGCUGAUGGGAUAUUGAGUUCUUUAGUCUCUCUGUUUCUUAGUAAAAACUCCAAGGUCCAGAAAAGAGGCAAGAUUAAUCUGAUUGGUCGACUGCAGCUGACCACGGAGCGAAUGAGAGAGGAGGAGAACGAGGGCAUCGUCCAGCUGAGAAUAUUAAGAACCCAGGUAACGUUACACAUUUAAAGGUCCAACUUGAGGAACCUGAAGUUUCAGCACUUUUUUCCCCAAAUACUUGAAUGGAGCACUAAGCCUUGAGUGAGAACAUGAAAAACUAGGUUUUAUCAAUCAUAACCAUACCAGUUGAAUGUGUGGCAACGUUGAGUAAAGAUAUAAUGCUGUACGUUGUUUGACCCACCCACCCCUCUCCAGGAGGCCAUCAUCCAGAUUAUGAAAAUGAGGAAGAGGAUCAGUAAUGCCCAGCUACAGACAGAGCUGGUAGAGAUCCUCAAGAACAUGUUCCUGCCCCAGAAGAAGAUGAUCAAGGAACAGAUCGAGUGGCUCAUCGAACACAAAUACAUCAAACGGGACGAGACUGACAUCAACACCUUUAUCUACAUGGCAUAG